AUGCAAAGCUUCACCUUUGCCCCGCCCACUCUGGCACCGCGGGAGAACCAGAGAAACUAUGUCUUUGUUGACGAGCACAACCGUCACAAGCGGCUCAAGGUUAUGCGAGCCUGUGAAGGCUGCCGGAGGCGCAAGAUCAAAUGCGACGCUGCUACUACGAAUGCUUGGCCAUGCGCUGCGUGUAUCCGACUGAAACUCAAUUGCGUGCCGCCGACCGUGAGUUACGAUAAAGACUACACACCCGGAUCGCAUACCUUUGAAUUAGAGCGUCCCGAGUACGAAUCCUCUCCCGUAGGCCAGGAUGACUACCAGCGACAGCAUGUCAUGUCCCAUAUGGGACCCGAAAUGGCGAACGGGCUACCACCUCCAGUUCCCGGAACAUAUGCCGACGGGAUGAGGAUGUAUCAGACUGCGCCGUACAUUGAACAGCAUCAGCCGCAAGAGCACCUGCAAUAUUCGAGCAUGCCUCCACCGGCAGUUGCAGGCCAAGACCUCAGUUAUCCGCCUCAGCCUAUGUACUCCGAACCACCGGCCGCGCCUAUAGAUUCUCCUGGUUCGGACGGCGUCUGGCGCAACGAUAAUACAUCCAAUCUGACUGACGCCCUUGGAGAAUUGAAGAUUGAUUAUACCGCCGUGGCUCCAUACAUUGCGAACCAAAAGAAGUCCCUAGCCGAAGCUCCGGCAUUGGAGGAGUAUGAAAUCCAGCUGCCACCGCAAAACAGCCUGGAUCAUACAGUUCGGAUCCCACCAGAAAUGAUGCCUUCAGAGCAGCAAGCCCUGGACUAUUUUGACUACUUCUUUACAAAUAUUCACCCUUAUUGUCCUGUCAUCAAUAGGGCAUAUUUCUACCAGCAAUGGUCAACUGCUCGGGAGUCCAUUUCUCCGCUUAUGCUUGAAGCAAUAUUCGCAUGCGCAUCACUAAUGUUAGAGGAGCCUGGGGCAGGGAACAAGUGGCUGGCUCUUGCGUCGAAGCACGAGGAGAGCUUCAGAGACGUGCCACGACUGAGCACUAUUCAAGCCAUGCUCCUCAUAUUGAAAGCUAGAGAAUCUGUCCCACAGCGCGGGUAUUUCUGGCGAUCUUGGAUGACGGUCGUGAAUAUGGUCGCAAUGGCAAAAGAACUCGAUUUAAACGAGCAUUACGAGAACCACCAAAUAGGCAAACACUGCGGUUCUUCGCUCCCUGACUGUCUGACGAAAACCAGAGUCUGGAACACUCUCUUCGUCUUAGAGAUCAUGGUUGGAGGACCUCAAGGUGGGUCCGACUUUUCAGUCGAUGUUGAUACUGUGGAUUUCAGCAUUCCUAGGCCUGCUCCUGGACUUGAUGAUGCUGAGUAUCAAGUAUCACGACAGUUUGCUCACUACCUUCGGAUUGUGAAGAACGUCCAAUUCAGCACGGUGGCACACGCGAGGCUGAGGAAGAAGAGGAAGGACUGGGCCUUGGAACCCGAGUUCGUCCAGCACAACCAGGAUUUUCCCAUUUGGCUGAGGGAACUUCCACACGACCUACAAAUUGCCUAUCCUCCUGAUGGAUCUGCACCUUGGAUUCCGUCUCAUUUUGUCGCCAAUCUACACUGCUACCAUUUACUUUCUAUCAUAAUGCACCACAGGCCCCAACUCCACAUUCUUUCUGACUCUUUUGACGGCUCAUGGAAGCAGCAUAUGAUAAUCUGCUACUCGGCAGCUAAGGACAUGUGCAAGUUGCAAGAGGCGAUUCUAAAGAACUACGGACUUCCUGGCCUGCUCUGUAUGCAGAGAGGUAUCAGCUUCACGAUAUAUUCUGUGCUCACAUGCACUAUGCUUCACUUGGUCGCAAUCACGUCUCCAGACCCGGAGCUUAGUGGCGAUGCAAGGGAGUUCUUCGUAAGGCACAUGCGAAUUCUAGAGACCUGCACGCCUUCCUGGCCCAUGCCCGAGAUGCAUGAACAGGUCAAUACCCUGCGACAGGCUUUUUCAGCGGAUAUCUCGAAAGCCUUCGCGCUCAAGCCUAGUUUUCCUUUCGGAAGUCCUCCGCCCCAGAGUAAUUCCAGCCCUUUGAGUACCGAUGACGCAUACCGGUCUCGAGGUCCAGGCCAACAAUCACCAUUGGAGCAACCAGGUCAAGUCCAAGUCCAAUACCAUGCCCAUCCUAUCACCCCGCCGAUUUCAGCAAGCGACUCGGACCCAAAGACUGACUCUCCCGUAGUUCAGUCUUUGGCCAUGAUGGCCGCUGGUCAGCGCACUCCCCAAACCUCGAACCAGAUCCAAAUGCAAGAACCUGUUCAAUGGAACCCAACGAGGAUAUUUGAUCAAUGGAAUGCAGCCUUUGGUACGCCCCCUCCAAGCACCUCGUCUCAGUCGUCCCCACCUCUAAGACCGCCGCCUCCAGGAACAGGAUACGAGUCCCGGACGCCACAGGAAGCAAAUCCGCCGCACUACCAACUCCCGGCUGUUUCACCCCAUGUCGCCCAAGUUCCCAACGUCCAAGCUCAGCUGCCGCCGCCAGUGAGUUACGCGGCGCCGCCCAACGCGUCGUACGUCACACCGAGCAUGUGGCAAGACGUUGUUGCUAGCUCUUUUAGUGGGGAAGGACUCAAACGACGAUGGGACUAUGGGAAUUCGGGAAUGAUGGACCAGCCACAGAGCCAUAAGAGGAGAUAG